CCUGUAACUGACGUUGUUCAUCACAUUUUGUCUUCUGCGUGCAACGAAAAGGUCUCGCUGAUCAGGUGAUAAGAUCCAAGAUGUUCUCUUCGCGUCUCUCAAAUGGCUUGCUUCUCGUCUGUUUGGUUGUAGCCACUCUCCUCGUAACAUCCUUUGCUGACGAAGAUGAAGUUGACAGAGCCGCAAACACGGUAACGAUACGUGGAAAUGAUACUUCAGUCAGAAUCGAAGGUGACACUGGAAAAAUAAGGACACUUUAUUUUGAACAAGAUGAUGAUGACGACGACGACGAUGACGACGACGAAGUGGAGGAUUUUAGCGACGACAAUGAGGACGUGUUAACGUUUCAGGUAGAUUCCCUACAAGAAAUAGAUUCUCUGGGAAUGCCAGUCGGAAUGAGUGGACCUUCAGAUAGAACGCAUGGCCUAAACUCCUUGGCAUCUCAGAUUCAAAGUUUCAAUUUCUCAGCACUGGACAACUCGUCAACGUAUCAAGGAAUCCCGGUCAAAAAUGUCAACCUAUCAGUUUUCCUCGCUGGUCCUCAGGCAAAUCUCGAGUUGAUUGUUAUGGUAUUCCUUGGGACAGGGUACGUUAAUUUUGGUAACGAGACAUUCCGGGUGCAAAGUGGAACUUUAAAAUUUAACAUCAAGAUCAGUGACUGGCAGUUCUGCGGUAUGGGAAAUGAGAACUGCACCAGCAGCACCAACCAGAAGGAAACAGGCCAAUACCUUGAUCUACAACUCAGCAUCAAAAGCAUGGCGGAGCCUGAGGAGGUGGAAGAUGAAGAGCGACAGGGAUCAAACAAAGAAGCAAUUUGUGAAGACGAUCCCAACGAGAUGGAUGAUGAUUGUCCUAGAAUAUUCAACAUGGGUGGAAACUCAGAGAUGGUGCUCAACAAAGUGGUGUUGACCGGCACCAACGACUACGUAGCAUUCCCUCCAGGAUUUCCCAAGUUCGUCUCAACAGGAAUGACGAAGAGUUUCAGUUUCCGCAUCCCCAAGUUCAACAACACCUGCAUAAUCGAUCCCAGCGUCAAUGUCGGAGCUCCCACCAGGAACCAGCAAGGCGGCGGAGCAGGAGGCGGUCACAAUGCCGCAGAAUCGCUUCACUUCUUUUCUUUUCUUUUGCUGCUGAGCAUGCUCAUUGUUCACUAUUAACUAUCUAAUACACGGAUAACGCGUCAGGCUGAGCUUAGAUUGUAGUAACGCUAAUUGAUACGGAUAGAUAGUCAUUGAAAUCAAGUGAAUAGCUAGUUUGAAUUUUGUGACAGAGCUUGGGUAUGUAGGAUAUUUUGCUCUCUGUCAGCUCACGUUGCAGUUGCUAUCAGGUUAGCUGUUACAGGGUUACAUAGCUGAAGCUUCGAGCAUUAUCGAUCACUUCGUGUUCCGAAGAAAUAAUUGUUCUUUCUAGAUUAAGAGUCUGAUGUAAAAAAACAUACCUGCUAGAGACCAAGUAAAAGAUCCGAGUAAUUUCUUAGCAAGUACAUUGAUUUUUCUUACGUAAAGAGAAAUGACAACACAUUUGGAGACUCGUUUAAUAGAUCACGGCUCAAAAUGCUGCGCAGCAAUACACUUUUUACAUUUUGUUUUCUAUGAGGUGGGUCAUUGGACCCAGCGACAUCUUGACCUUUAAGAUUUCUCCAUGGUCUUAGAUCAUUAAAUACGAGUUAAUGACAGCAUUUUAGCGUAGCUAAUAGUACCGAUUGCACUAUUACAUUAGAUACAAUGAUAGCAUAUACGAUAGCUGGAACACCAAAGCGUUUAAUUGAGAUUUGCACUGGCAGAUGGCUCUGGAGACCAAAUUUAGCCCUUAGAAACCUGGGGUCAAACUCUAAUUGUUCUGCCCUCUCAUUAACUCGUGGGUCGUGCGAAAAACUGGGAGUCAACAAGAACGAGGCGCGAAAAUCAGAGCCUGCUGUUGUCAGGUUAAAUCCCUCGUUGAAACGAAUACUCUUAGUGUUGAGAGUAUUGGAUGAAAACCCUCAUAUCCUAAGCCUUCAGGCUCCUCAGCCAGCGGGUUGGUCGCCGGCGACCCUUAACGCCGUUUGGUUAUGAGAAUGAUCACGUGACAGGUUAUGAGGUCGUGCUGUUUUCAACGUUGUAGCAAGUCAUGCAAAGCAAUACUAGUGGAAAGGAAAAGAAAAAGGAAGUGUCGUAACAAUUGAGAUGAUUGUAGAAAUAGUUUUAUGUAUACGUGUGGGAUUAUAAAAAAAUUUGUAAUGUAUCUUGUGUAGUCACUAGUUCUUUCAAUAAACUGUUGAAAUACACGAUUAA